AUGGACUCAAGGAUCAUCGGAGGUUACAGGGUCUGUCAGAGGUUUGAUAUAUACGACACCUGUACGGAUCCUAAUAUCGCUGUGAGGAACUCGGUCUAUUUCAUCGCAACACAAGAUUCCAAAAACUGUGAGAGUGAGACCAGCCCCCAAUCCAUCGCUGCUGUGGUAGGACCGACAACAAGCAGCGCAGCCGUCUCAGUGGCAAGUCUCUUUAACCUCUUCACCUUACCGGAAGUUAGCUACGCUGCCACGAGUGAAAUACUCAGCGAGUCAAGAUUCAAAUAUUUCACGCGGACAGUCCCAACUGACACGUUCCAAGCCCGAGCCAUGGCCCAUCUCGUCCACCACUUCGAUUUCCACACCGUAGCCCUCAUCGGCAACGACGAAGGAGCUUACGGUGUGAGCGGCGUCUAUAUGUUCGAAGAUGAGGCCUCCAAGUUCAACAUCUGCAUCGCCUACCAAAAUAUCUUCGGCGUCAGCGAUGACCAGUCAGACUUUGAGGAAAUCGUCAACGAUCUCAGGAAAAUCCCAGAUGUUCGAGUAAUUGUUGCCUUUGCGAACGAAGCCCCAAUGAGUCGGCUUCUCAACUAUUUCGCAGACCACAAUGUCACUGGAUACAUGUGGAUAGGCAGUGAUGGUUGGGGAGCAUCGAAAACCAUACUUGACCCUCGGAUAUCCCGUAUCACCAACGGAAUGAUCGGAGUCUUCCCGCACACCGAGACCAUCAAUGGCUUCGAGGAUUACAUCUUAAAUCUAACCCCAGAAGCCUUGGACUACCAGGAUCCAUUCUUGAACGAGUACUGGCAAGAGUUCUUCCAGUGUUACCUUCCAGGUGUUUCCGAGAUGGAUGUUCACGAAUACGGUAGGAAAUGCACCGGGGAAGAGUCGUUUUACAGUACCCGUCCCUUUUCCAACACGUCCUUAGUUUCUUCCGUUGUGGAUUCAGUUGAGGUCGUAGCUCGCGCCAUGCACACAACACUCAAUUGCGAUGAUGGACAGUGUGAUUCGCGCGAAGAUGUCGGUAUCCCAGGCGAAGUUUUGAUCGAGUGCAUGAAGAAUGUAGAUUUCAUGGGCCACUCGGGCUACAGGUUGUCUCCAAACGAGCGCGGAAAUCUAGCAGGAGAUGCCUGGUAUGACUUCUAUAACUUGCAACCAAAGUACCCCUGCUCGGAGGAGUUUCAUCUCAAAGUCGUCGGGUUCUGGAAGGAAGCUGAUGUUUCGAUCUCAAACUUGGAAGAGAUCUACUGGCCGAUGACAAACACUUGUACUUCGGCAUCUUCCAGACCCAGAUCGAUAUGCGGAGAGACGUGUUAUCCAGGUACCCGACGCAUUUCUCUUGACAUCAGCAGUUGCUGUUGGAUAUGUGUGCCUUGCUCCAAUAACCACUUCAGCAAUGAGAGCAAUGCCUUAUCUUGCUUUCCGUGUAGCGAUGAACAAAUAUCAAACGAGGAUCGAACGGAAUGCCUAGACUUACCUUAUGCCUUUACAGAACUCACAUCCAAGAUCGGUUUGGCUGCUUUAGCUAUUGCCAUCAUUGGCUGGCUGAUAUGUGUCGCCAUCGUCAUCAUCUUCAUGCUCAAAGAAAACACAACUAUUAUUUUCCAUGCCUUUGCGCGCUCCUGGACCUUUGUGCUACUAGGAAUCGCCAUGACGUUUUUCACUGCAACACUCUCUGUCAUCCCCGCCUCGGAGCUGACUUGCCUUAUCGUAGCAGGUACCCAGCUAUUGCCAGUCUCUAUCACAGAAGGAAGCCUUAUUCUCGCUGCCUACUGCACCUUCAAUAAGAAACAUGUCCAGCUUAAUAACUGGGCGCUCUUCAUGAUCGCCAUCCUCUUCGUUCACGGGCAAUGCAUCCUGGUCUGGAUGUUGACCAGCCGUCCCGUAGUCACCAAGACAGUCGAUCGCGACCACCGCCUCGUAUACGUUGACUGCGUCAGCUCUGGUAGCUACGACGGCAUCGUGGUGGUCAUCACCUACUGUAUCCUGCUCGACAUCAUCGGGAUAUUCGUCUCUUUCAACAUCCGAAACCGCGACAAAAACUUUCAAGAAGGAAAGUUCAUCUUCUUUUCAUUCAUCAUUCAAGUCAUGGUGUGGGUGACCAUAAUGGUCAUUUAUUUAGUGCUACCAAGUGGUCGGCUUUAUCGAACCUUUGUGCUAUCUUUUGGUCUCAUGGUUUCGAGCGUUGCCAAUCUGGGCUGUCUCUUUGUGCCAAAACUUUACGUGUUAAAGUGCAAACCUGACAUUAAUCCACCGAUCAAGAAGAGGUAUAGAGAUCAACUUUGGCAGUGGAAGUUUAAGAGGAGAGACGGAGAAGAUGAAGUUACAGCAGAGGCGAGAUUCGGCGAAUCAAUACGGAGCCAUGCUGCACGCAGUGCAAUACUAAAUAAUUACAGAAAAGCGUUAGCUGCCAUACGCGAUGAGACGGCCCAGGCUAUACGAAUGUAUGGUAUCUGCAACGAUAGAAUAGAUGAUAUGAAAUUAAGACACAGACGAAAGAUGGAGGAAGUUUCCAUGACAACCAACAGCAUUAAGAGUAGCAGGGUGCAACUUGUCCUUUCAUCGCCUUCAAUCGAAGUGACGUAUUGCUGACGUCACGAAAUUACAAUAUUAAAAUACAUCUUAAGCUUGAAAUAAUACAGUAAAUUGUAUUGUUCAUUUUUACUACAUAAUUGUUUAUUGAUGGUGCUAGGUUGGCAGUUGAGCGUACACGAUAGUCACCUAAAAAUACGAUUUUUUGUAAUACGUUGAGUCGGUGUAAAGUUGCUAACUAAUUCUGUUUAUGUGUAUUGUGAGAUUUCUAAAGAUUCACUAAGUCCUGUUAAAACGACGUGCACAUUUCUCAGCUUUUGUUCAUCUUGUACUCACUGAAUAAAUAAAUGUCAAUUCUAAUUCAUCUAACAGCAAAUAGAAAUGUAGAAAAUAAUAAAUUUUCAAACUAGCCUUCUGAUCAUGGACGCUUCUGGAGAUCAUCAUGUGACAGUUUUCCACCACAGACUUGGACAUACUGGACGAACUGAUAACGAGGUUUUCUGAGUGCGACGCAAAACUGUUCUCCAAUGUUUCAGUUGACCCCCUCCCCUUUCGAAUUAUAAGGCAAAUGAUCGUACAGAAAAAUGUGAAAUUCGGUAUUAGGUUAAUUAAUCUAACAAACAAGCAAACAAACAACCAUAAAACACUACGACAUGAAUAUGCUGAUAGUCCUAACCUGAAUAUUUGCAGGAAAUUCCCGCGCUCAAGACCCGGGCUCAAGAUCUGCGGUUAAUCCAUGCCCGUGAAUUUAUGGUAUGCUGCCACCAUCGUUCCAAAAUAUAUAACCAAAUACCCAUGUACUUCAAGUAAAAAAGAA